AUGCAACUAUGUCCUUCCUUUCUGAGGGCAAAGUCAAGCAUCCCGGAAAUGGAUUUCACGGGAGAGAUCGAGGAACUGGGCGUCGACGUGGACCCGUUCCGCGGACUGAAGCCAGGAGUCAACGUCUUCGGGAGUAUACCAGUGUCAGAUCAUCUGAGAGGGCAUGGUGCUCUCAGCGACUACGUCAUCGUCGACAGUGGCAACGUCUGCAUUAUUGCGAAAGGGGUGGAGAUGUCAGAACCUGCUGGUUUGCCUAUAGCAGGGUGUACGGCUUCAGGCCUGACGGAAAAGGUCGAGUUGCGACAGGGCCAGAAGAUCCUGAUCAAUGGCGCUGCUGGAGGGAUUGGAUCGUUGAUGACGCAGAUGAUUCGGAAUGCGAUAGGAGAGGUCUUCGACCAUCGAACGCCAGUCCCUGUCCAUGAACUACUGGUGGAGAAGUACUCUAAGGAGAAGUUCGACACCAUCAUCGACGCAUAA